AUGAGUAAAGUUCGAAAAACGAAACAUGCACUGAUUUGGUGGAUAGAUACUAAAGAAACGGAUAUUCUACCUUUGAUAAAGAUACCCAAAGAACACCGAAAGUUACAUGCUGUGGCAGAACUAACAUGGGUAGAUAAUAAAACAAAACGGACGUCAAAAUCUAAAAUGAAAGUAUUAGCAAUCGAUACUAAUGCAAAAAAUCUCAAAAAUAUGCUCAUAAAUACAAAUGGUGAAAUAACAACUCCGUCUGACAAGAUAUUUAAUCCUGAAGUUAUAGAUAAAAGAAAACAAUUGAUCGAGAAUAUAAAGUUACAGAACGGUAUUAAAACCUCGAACAGAAAUAAAAUUGAGACAAAAAUCCUGAGCCAAAAGCCUAUUCUGAGUAAACUUUUUCCAUUUCACAAUCAAAAUCAAUUUGUCAACCAAGCUAACUAUACAUCAAUUCCGUCGACUUCUUCCAAUCUGGGACAAGCUUUUCAAGCCUUGAGUUCUUCUACUCCAGAAUCAACUUCUCAAAAGUUCUUUAACCCGGUAUCAACUUCUCAGCUUGAAACCACUUCUAGCCAAGCACAAUCACCUCAAUUUCAACCUUUUUUGACUCAAUUACAAGCUUCUUCAACUCUGUGUACUUCAGUACAGAAAAAUAAUGAUUAUUUUUCCUCGAAACCCAGUAUUAUUUCUACACUGAAUUAUGAUCAACAGGAUACGUAUGAGUUUCCGCCGAAUGUACAUACAAGACCUGUUGGUCAAGUAAUUAAUUUAAGAAAUGUAAAUCAAUCUACUACAAAUGCACAAGAGACACCUGUUUCUCAAAAUAUUCAGGAAAAUGAAAGAAUGUAUGAAAAUGAAAAAACGGUUACAGUUGUAAAAUCAGUAGUACCAUCUAAUGAAAUGACAAAUUUACUUUCUCAAUUGGUCCCCAAAAAACUUACAUUAGAAGUCGUUGAGUUCGUGGAGGCACUUGCAAUCAAUCUGAGACAUAAAUAUAAUGAAGAGCAUCACAACACUUCAAAAGAAUCAGUUUUUACACUUCCAAUGCAGUAUUUUGAAAGCGGCAAGGAUAAAGUUGAAAUAUCGCCAGGCAUUGGCUUUUACAUGUGUAAAAGCGUUUUAUCAGACAUUAAAGAAAGGGCUUCAAACAACUGGCGGGAAUUAGUGAUCAUAACACUAGAUGAAGUAUAUGGCAAGAAAUUGCCUAACUUCUCAGCCAAAGGACGUAAAUCAAACAAACGGCCAGGAAUUAACAGUACAUUUUUUAAAGGACUUUACUGUUGGGCAAAAAAAAUUGAUAAUUCCAUUACACUAAAACAAUUCACUAAGGCCAUAAAUGAUCAUGCUGGUAAUCUACGGAAAUCUAAAAAUAAACAAACAAAACAGAAUGAUAAAAGACGGUCUCGUAUAAUCGUUUCUGAUGAAGAAGAAAUGAGUGUUGAAGAAGAUUAUACGGAAGAUGAAGAUGAAACAGAUGAAGACAAAGAAAACGCAAAUGAAGAUGGAGACAAAAAAGAUGGAAACAAAGAAGACGAAGUGCUGGACAACAAUGACAAUAAUGAUGAAACAAUUGAAAAAAACCAACAUUUGGAAUAUUAUUCUGAUGAAAGUUUUCUAUUAUCAUAUUAAUAAAAAAUAAAGUAUUAAUCAUCGUUCAAAUUGCUUCAAUAAAAUUGUUUAGAACCAUCAUUGAAUAUUUUGUUUAUUAUAGCUAUUCAAAGUAUCACCACUAUGUUUAUUAUUCGAAUAGUCACUAUUGUAUUAAUUAAUCUUACAUUCUAUCGUAGGGAUGGCCUUUAGGGUGAACCGUUUUUCUAAUUUUUUUUUGCUGGAAUCAAAUUAAACUGUUAUUUAUUCGAGCUCAUUUCUGUAAAACCUAAAAAGAUAAUUUUGUUACGAGGAAAAUUUUUAU